AAAAGGUACCAAUAUGUACACUUUAGGGUGCUAAUAUUAAUUUUAUGCGUACUUUUGAUAAACCUGCAAUGAUUUUUUAAUGCAGCGGUUAAAUGCUGUGUGGUUAAAACCUGAUUAACGACCCAAAAACGGGAAGAUUUUCUGAAUACGUGCGAGCGGCUGGCUAUUUUAGAAAGAUUUCUUGCUGUGGUAAAUGUAACUUUUGAUUAGGUAGAUAUAUAAAUAUUAGACGACAGAUGUUGUUGUACAUUAUCGUAUGUUAUUCAUAGUUUCCACGUGACAUCACUGUCACGUCAAACAUGUAAAUGAACAGAAAGACAUCACUCCUGAUCUUCAAGGGGCAAACCGUUGCAUCUCAUCCUGUUCAAGACAUUUACUACAAAAGAUCUCGCGGGUGCUCCACAGGAAGUCUUAUUCUCAGUCAAGCUGAGCGCUAUGAAACUCAUUCUGCAGUGGAUUUUUUGCUUCAGUUUAGGUUUUGUCACUGAAUGUCAAGAGAAACGUUAUGGACUGAGCGGGGGAUCGAUCACUUUGAACCUCGAUCUCGGAAAUCGGUCACAUCUUCAAGAUGUCAUGUGGCGACGAUUCAACAGGCAAGAGCUACUUGCGAACUUGAAGGGCGUUCACCCCGACAUUAAGAGAAGAAUGAGCCUAAACGUCCUGGACCGGUCCUUGACCAUACACGACCUGCAGGAAAACGACAGUGGGAUGUACGAGGCCCUCGAUUCCUGGGAGAAAGAAAGCCUGGCUUCUUACAGUCUAACAGUGGAGAACAACGUCUCUGAGCCUGCGAUCGAAGUACACGGAUAUAAUUCGUCCGCCGGAGUGUGCCGGGCCACCGUGAACUGUUCGGCGGACGGGAACUGGGCCCAGUUCGACUGCGACCAACACCUCUGCCUGGAGAAAGAUGCCUUUCUGACCUCGGUCAACAUCACCGUCACCGCCUCGGACAGCGUCCACUGCCACGCCAGAAACCACGUGAGCGAGCGCCGUGCUCAGACUAGCAUCAUGUGCCACGAAAAGCAGCAAAGCUUUUCGCGCUUUUUAUCCCCAUCUUUUGGAUCGCCGCGGUGGUCAGCGGUGGGGUUUUGUUGGUUUUGUUGGGUGUGGGAGCAGUAUUUGUCAAGAGAAGAAAAUCUCCAAAAGUUCAUCCACAGUCCAGCCCUGCUGUGACCAAACAGCAACACGAAACAAUUUACAGCACAGUGGAAAAGCCGACGUCUCCGGUAAAAAACCCUGUCGGCAGCAAAGUAGAGACCAUCUACGACACGCCAUCCCGACACGUACGUAUCCCCAAACCUCUCCGAAUCACAGCAGAACGGCGAGAUCCAGCGAUCUGAAUCAGUUCGAGCCUGUGUGACCUGCUGGUUUGUGUCCUGCUCAGACCAAGGCCUGUCAGGCGGACAGCGUGGAGGCGAGGAGAGACGCUGAGGAGCAGACGUCCGGACCUGACCGGACCAUUCAAGUGAAAGCCACCGUCCACCAGGCGGCAGAACCCGACUCGGAUGCCUUGAACACGGUUUACUGCAAACUGGGAGAGAUAUGACACAGACGCCUGCCCUGCGUUACUGAGACGCCGGCGGAGAGGAGCUGUGUGGAGGUUUGAACAUCGACCGUGGAUGUCUCUGAGGGUUAUUUAGUGAAACAUUAAGCCGUACAUUCUUAGAAAAAGAAAUAAAUGAAGGAGCUUUUAUAAAACAAACAAAAAAUAGGGUUAAGAACACUUUAAUAAUCCGAGGAACCUUUAA